AUGUCACCAUUCAUUCCCUCUGACACCGAUGCUGUGUCUGUCGACACUGAAGUCGCGAAUAUGGCUACUCCUGAGAUGGAUCAGAUCAAUCCGAUCGAUGUAACCCCAAGCACCCCCCAGAUCCUCGCGCCAUCUGAGCCCAUCCCUGAUAUUGCCAACAAACCUGAGACAACCCUGCCUAAGAUAGCCUUGGAUGGUGGCGCCGGCUUGACUCCGAAUGAUGAGUUUGAAUCUGAUGCCAAUUCAGAAUCAGAGGAUCGCGAGCAGGCUAAGCCGGUGGACAAGUACUUCACUGAUGGAACAGUCCCACGAGCCCUGAGCCCCAUUAUCUCCGAGUCAGAUUCCGAUGUUCGACAGACGAUCUCCAUGCACAGAGACAGCGAUCUCUACAUUCAGGCCAAGAACGAACAUGGAACAGACAUCGUCUUCGAGGUCAACUCCUCUGUUCUCGCCGCGACUUCUCCAGUCUUCCGCAAGAUGAUCUAUGGCACCUCCCAUCGUCCCGACACGGGCGAUUGGAUCAUCGAUCUCAGCGUCGACAAUGCUAAGGCGCUCCGUCAUGUCUUUCGCAUCAUACAUUUCCGAUGCAACACCAGGGAUGUCAUGCGCAUGCGGACACCUGAUGAAAUUGGUCAGAUCCUCCUGCUCGUUCACAAAUACGAGCUUGACAAUAUCAUCUAUCCGUUUGCCAAGAAGUGGUCUGGCGAUCUCACACAUGCCUUGCAGCUCGAUGAGAAGACUCACCCAGACAACUCUGUACAGGCUCUGUGGAUUGCCUGGAAGAUUGGCGACUUCAAGAACUUCAGAGAUCUACUCGUCGAUGUCAUCUUCUGGGCGUGUGAUAAGAGUGGCGCUCUUUGCGGCCCUGAUGAUGUCAUCGAGUCCAACCGCUUGGAGGCGCUUCGCAGAAUCCUCGCAACCUUCAGCGAUCCAAUCAACUACUUCAUGUCUCCGAACGAAAAGCCCAAUGGACGCUACUGCAAAUCUAUCGACAACCAGGUUGAAUGCCACUGCACCCUUCUAGGAUCGGCGAUCACAGCCCUCAACAAAGCAGGCAUGUGGCCUCUUCCUAAGCCUGAGAAGUACGGUGAGAGUAUCUACCGUCUCCGUCAAAUCGUCGACGGCCUACAUAUCACGGCCCUUCUUUACCCCGGCCAUCCUCCGCACGAGCAGCGCCAUUUGCGCUGCGGCCUCGAGCACAAGGACGUGCUCGAGGAGUUCAAGUCAUUCGUGCCAGUCCUUCCGGAUGCCCUUCUGAAGGAGAUGAAGCACCGUGGCCAGAUGAUGUUGACCUUCGACGAGGAGGCUUGGGCCCCGUACAAAGACCAGGACAAGUGGGAGGAUGUUGAUCUGGAGCCUGAGGACUCCGUUGUCGACGACGGUUGGGAUGAGACGGAGUGA